AAAGAAAAGAACAGCGUUUGGGGCUAGGCCUGGGUUAUGAUUGGUUCUUCUGUGCGUGACGUUCUUUCAGAUUUGCGCUACGGAUUGUUACCGGCAAAAUGUAACACCACGUUUGUCUUAGGUGAAUUACUGUUUGAUUCGUGAUUUGUGAUUGCGAUGGAUUGUGGUUGACAAUCAACCCUGAGCAUGGGGUUGUAGAAUUACACCUUAAAUAUCUACAAAGAAGAGCAUGUCAUUUGGUCAAUUUGACAGCCUUAUGUUAUGUCACUGUUUCAGUUUCAAAGUGCCGAAAAUGGCUCGUGCGCGCAAAUGUUACAUUAAUGUUUGAAGAAUUGUACAAUGUUUAACGUGUGCGUGUGUAAUUUUCCUAGUGGCCUGUCACUUGUGUGUGAUUCUUAACCAUUGUUUUCUUUUCAAAAUGAUGACAUGUGACAUUCCAUAUUCAUGGAAGAAACCAUUAUGUGUAGUUUGGAUUACUGUACAGAUAUUUAUAUUGGUUGUACCAUUGGGAUUAUCAAAUGAACUUGUGAACUGCAAAUUUGAAUACCAAUCUCAAUUUUUUGAUUUCAAUGGGCUAUCUUUGACACAUUGGAAUGUUUCUGACAUUCAUGAUGCAAAUCUGAGUUAUAUCUUAUUUUCAGUCUGUAACAAAACUUAUUUAAAACCUUGUGGUAUGUUUAGUUUCUGUGUAGUUAUGAAAGACAGUUCCAAAUGGUCUAGCUCAAAAAGUGAUUUAUAUGUUCAAGGGGAUAUGGGAAAUGAAGAUAUCAGGCUUUCUACAGUUCUGAGGAGAAUGGAUUCUAGCAGUUCAGGGGAACUAAAGCUUGAAUUAAGAUUUAAAUGUUCUAGCGAGAUUGGAGUUCCAAAAUUUGAAGCAUUUAAAUCUGAUCAACUGGUUGUGGAGUGGGAGACUGUAGCAGCCUGCAGUGUUAAUAAUUUGAAUAAAUACAAAAAUUGCAUUUUCAAAAGUGAAGUAAUGGGUGAAUUUAAUUUUCAGCCUCUGCGACAGUUGUUAUAUUACAAUACAACUAAUAGCAGGGGUAGUCGAUUUUAUGUAAAUGUUUGUGGGGGCACAGUUGGUACAUCAGUUUGUGGAAAUGUCAGUGAUAUUGCAAUCUGUAUGGUUGAUUCAGAGAACAAAGCCCAUAUUCUUGGGUAUGCAAGCAGAGAAAGAUUUAAUCGUAUUGACCUGCGUUUGGAAUAUGGCUCAAAAAAAAAGCAUGUGAAGAUUGAAUUGCUGUGUAAUGCUGGUUUGCUGCUUGGAAAAUUGAAAUUGAAAGAUGAAUCUAAGUCUUUACUUUCUUUUGAUUUAGAAACUCCCCUUGCGUGCGUAAAUAAACUGUUAAAUUGCUUUGUUCAAGAUAAAAAUCAUUUCAGUUACAAUUUACAUUCUCUUAGUGUGAAAGACUAUGAAAUAUAUGACCAGAGUAAACAUAAAUAUGUUAUAAGUGUGUGUCGGUCUGUGAAGAACAGUUAUUGUUCAGGAGGAGUGAGCAUGUGCCUUGUAAAUGGUAGUUCAUCUAUUAAUUUAGGAACUUUAAAAGAAGGGCUUCAUUACGAGGAUAGCCAACUCAGUAUUUCUGCAGCAGCAGGUGAUUAUUGCAAUGUCAGUAAUUUACGUUAUAAAUCUGUGAUACUAUUUGAAUGUGCUAAGACUGACUCUCUCCCAUCAUUCGUCAACAUAGAUGAAGAGAAAUGUGUUUAUACAUUUUUGUUCCAAACAACCUAUGCUUGUCCAUUCAUGUUUGUUGAAGGUGAAAAUUGUAGAGUGCGGGAUGAAGACUAUGGAAAUGAUUUUGAUUUCAAAUCUUUGCGUAAACCAAUGGAAGACUAUAUUAUAAAUUAUAGUGACGGUCAGUUUCAUUUAAAUUUAUGUGGAGAUCUUUUAAAACCUUGCAAUGGCUCGACGAAUGUUGGUGUGUGCUUUACUGACAGAAAAGGAACCGAGCAUGCCAUAGGAGAAGUUGCAAUGUCACCUCGUUAUAAAGAUGGACAUUUGAGCUUUGUGCUUAAAGGUGAAUUGUGCAAGUCAAACAAUACACCAACUGAAGUCAAUAUUAUAUUCCGUUGUAAUCAUCAACUUAAUGCAGAAAGAAGUCAUCCAAAAUUCGUUGAAAAGAACAAUGAGUGUUCUUACAGUUUUGUUUGGUACACAGCUAUUGCAUGUGCUCAAUAUACAACGCAUGAAUGCAAAGUGGAGGAUGACAGUGGUGAAGUAUAUGAUUUAAGCCCACUUUCACUACACGAUGAUGAUUAUGUUGUGUGGCUUAAUGAUAAAAAAGGGUACUGGAAAUUUGUUAUCAAUGUCUGCCAACCAAUUAUGUUUGGUAAUAGAGCCAGAUGUAGUUCUGAAACUGCAAUUUGUAUGCAAAAUAUGUCCGAACCAAACUAUCCAAAAAGUUUUUCUAGUCUUGGUCAGGCAUCUUCUUUACAAUAUGAUAAAGUAAAGAAGGUUCUGAAAGUUGACUACUCUGGUGGGAGCACUUGCCCAAAUGGAAGAGGAGGAGGAGGAGGAAUCUUCAAUAGUUUAGAUUUACAUUCUACAAUAAUUUUCAUCUGUGAUAAAGAAUCAUCUCCAUAUCCUAAAUUAACUAAACAAAAUGGUUGUUAUUAUGAAUUUGAAUGGAGAACCAAAUUUGCGUGCUCUAAGAAAAUAGAGCCUAUUCACGAGGACAAUAAUUGCAAAGCUUAUAACUCUUUUUCGGGUGUAAGGGUAGACCUGACUUCAUUUGCUGGCCAUGAACACCUUAUUAAACACCCAUCUGGCAGACAGUUUAGAUUUGUUAUUUGUGGUUCACUGAAUAAUGAGAGCUCAGAUGGAGUUGGAAUCUGUGAAGAAAAGGAAAAUGGUUGUGAAAAUAUUGGAAUUGGAAAUUCAAAUUUAUAUUUCGACAGAGGAAAAUUCUACUUGAAUUAUACUGAUGGGGCGAAUUGUGCCUCCAAUGUUAAGAUAUUUACUAUCAUAGAAUUUAUUUGUGGUACCAAAGAUUCACAAUUAAUUACAUUCCUGAAUCCAUGUGCUUAUUCAGUUUCUGUUUUCACAAGCUUGGCUUGCUCGGUUCCUUGUGAGACUGUGGCUGACAGUCCCAAAAAAAUAAAUCUUUCUUUUUUGAGCAAUUAUCAAAAUAGUUACAAAACAACAGCAAACGGUGUGGACUAUUUUAUCAGUGUUUGUAAGCCUCUAUUUCCUAAAGUAGGAACUUGUGACAUUGGGUCUGCAGUUUGUAAGGCUGUUGCUCAAGAAGAAAGUAGGUCUGAAGAAGUGAGCCUUGGUUCUCCUCACUUCAGACCUGCCUCAUUUGGUGACCAUGUCAUUCUGAACUAUUCUUCAAAUCAAUGUUCAAAUAAUCCAUCCAAGAAUGUAGGAUCAAGCAUAAUUUUUAUGUGUAAUCCUUCCCUUGGAAUUGGUGCACCUGUUCUCAGUCAGAUUCUAAAUUCUGACUGUCAUUAUGAAUUCAUUUGGAAUACAAGCAUAGUGUGUGAUGAUGACUUAGUUAAACUAACUGAUGCUGUAUCUGUGAGGAUGCUUAAUAAUAGUCAGAACAAUGUGUACAUUGAUUUACAACCUCUCUGUGAGAUCGGCAAAUAUGAAGUGGAGAAUUUUGUGAUAAGUAUGUGCAAUCAGAACAGCCUUUGUGAUGUACAGAAAGUGGAUGCACACAAAAAUAUUUCCUAUGGAAGAGCUGAAUAUGCUGUAUUUACUUACUCUGAGAACAAAACUAAGCUAUUUAUGACUAAUGGUGAUGAUUGUGAAGCUUCUCCAGAUAAAUAUCGGUCAACUCUUCAUUUAAUUUGCUCUCCAAAUGCCAUUGAAGAUCUGCAUGUUUUGAAGAUUUCAACAAAAUGUUACCUGCUUUUUGUUCUGAGCCCCUCAAAUAUUAUGAAUUCCAUUGGUCUGAGCCCCUCCUAUUAUGAAUUCCAUUGGUCAAAUUUACCUAGUUUUUAUUUUUUAUGUCCUGAAUUUUUUCUUGAAACCGAAUGUAACGUUGAAUUUGUGUGGAAAAGUAGUUCUGCUUGUGAAUACGCUGCUGUAAUUAGGCCUACUGCUGUUGAGGCCUCAAAAAGUUCAGCUGGCACGAUUGGUGUUACUCUUGGUAUUGGUUUUGCUGUGAUUGCAUGCUUGAUUGUAUUUUGUCUAAGGAAGACUACGCAUACAAAUUGGUGCAGGAGAAAUAUAAAUCGGUAUUUUCAUAGACGGCAUGAAGGUGAAUUUCAUUAUACACUGAGAAAUCCUGAUUCGUAUGACUUCGAAAUUUCUUCUGAAGAAUUAUUGUUUUAUGUUCCUUGUGCUGAAAUGUUUAUACAUUGCUUGCUUAUUAAUUUUUUUCUUGUACUUAAGAUCCUCAUAAAAAAAAAGAAGAAGAAAACAUACAAUUUAUGUAACUAUGCUUUAAUAAAGCUGGUUUGUUUGUUGGGAAGCAUACAUUCUAAAUAUAAAUAUGCUGCAAUAAUGUGCGCAGAAUUGAUGUUCCAAAAAGAAUUGAAAAUAAUCAUAUUCUUCGAUAUUUUCUCAGCAGAUAAACUUGUUUGCAGUUAG